AUGUCCGUUUCAGCGGCAUGCUCUUCCGCAUUGCGGCGUGUUGGUGGCCGAGCGGUGCGAACCGAGCGACUAGCUCCUAGGUAUCUCGCUGUAUGUGCUUCAAUAUCACAAUGCCGUUCCCGAGGCUACAGACCAGCUACGAUUACAGCAGGGCAACGAAGGUGUAUAACGAGUACAGCGCGGAGGAGGCUUGCUUCAGUAGAUGAUAGCUUCGAUCCGAGAACUAUUGAGCGGGAAAGCGAUCAAGUCGAUGUCUGCAUUGUGGGUGGCGGCCCGGCAGGCCUCAGUGCUGCCAUCAAGCUUAAGCAGCUGGCCAAUGCAGCCGGCAACGAGGACUUCAGAGUGCUCCUGCUUGAGAAGGCGGGAGAGCUCGGAGAUCACAUUGUGUCCGGCAAUGUUGUCGAGCCUUCUGCACUAAACGAGCUGAUACCGGAUUGGAAAUCGGAAGACAACCCAAACCGCUUUGAGCCUGUCACGCCUGCGACCAAGGACAAGAUGAGGUUCUUGACCAAGAACAGCAGUAUUCCGAUACCGGCUCCACCGCAGAUGAACAAUCAUGGCAAUUACAUUAUCAGCCUCAAUCAGUUCACGAAGUGGCUAGGUGAGCGAGCGGAGGAAGUGGGUGUUGAGGUAUACGCUGGCUUCGCAGCAUCAGAGGUGCUGUAUCACCAAGAUGGCUCGGUGAAGGGCGUGGCGACCAACGAUCUGGGCAUCGGCCGGAACGGCAAGCCCAAGGACUCGUUUGAGCGAGGUAUGGAGUUCCACGCGCGGUGCACAUUGCUUGCAGAAGGCUGCCACGGCAGUCUGACGAAGCAAGUCACGAAGAAGUUCGAUCUCCGAAGGGACAGUCAACACCAGACGUACGGACUAGGCAUAAAGGAGGUGUGGGAAAUCGAUCCUGCCAAAUUCGAAAAGGGCCUGGUGGUACACUCAAUGGGUUACCCGUUACCGAUGGAUACCUACGGUGGCGGCUGGAUGUACCACUUCGGCGAAAACCUCGUGUCAAUUGGACUCGUGGUGGGUUUGGACUAUCCCAACCCAUGGCUAGCACCAUACGGCGAAUUCCAGAAGAUGAAGCAUCACCCGCUAUACAAGCACUAUCUCGAAGGUGGUAAAUGCAUAUCCUAUGGCGCCAGAACGCUCAAUGAAGGCGGAUAUCAAUCAAUACCGAAGUGUGCUUUCCCUGGUGGUGCGCUCAUUGGCGAUACCGCCGGCUUCUUGAACGUUCCAAAGAUCAAAGGAACGCACACUGCCAUGCGUUCUGGUAUGCUUGCUGCAGAAGCCGCAUAUACCGCGCUUGACGCGACGAAAGACAGCGAAGGCGCAGUAUUCCUCUAUGACUAUGAAGACAAGCUCAGGAACAGCUCGAUUUGGAAGGAGCUGAAGGAAGUGCGGAAUAUGCGACCAUCUUUCCACACGCCUCUGGGACUUUACGGUGGCAUCUUGUACUCUGGACUAGAAGCUUACCUGCUUCGUGGCUACGAGCCAUGGACGUUCAAGCAUGGCCCACCCGACCACGCGUCUACCAAGACCGCGGAUCAAUGUCGCAAGAUUGAGUAUCCGAAGCCGGACGGCAAGAUCUCAUUCGACAUCUUGACAUCGGUCUCCCGCACUGGCACGAACCACGAGGAGGACCAGCCGUGCCAUUUGCGAGUGAAGGACUGGGACAAGCACGCAGCGCUCGAGUGGCCAAAGUACAAAGGCAUCGAGAAUCGCUUCUGUCCAGCCGGCGUGUAUGAGUAUGUUGAAGACGAGAGCAAGGACAUCGGCGUUCGCUUCCAGAUCAACGCACAGAACUGCGUGCAUUGCAAGACCUGCGAUAUCAAGGUACCUGAUCAGGAUAUCAUCUGGACGACACCGCAGGGCGGAGAGGGUCCGAAAUAUGUAAUGACAUAG